CCAUUCCAAAUCGCUUGGAUCAAAAGACAACAAAAAGUAAUCAUUUCUAUCGAAUCCGAAACCGUAGUAGGAGCUAGAAGCAAGAAGCCGAGAACAAAUACCGAGUUUCGCUUCGUCGUAAAGUUUCGGCAGCGGCAUGCUUUCGCCGCCAUCUCGGAAGAACCAUCGCGACGGGAUGCUGCAGCGCACAAUUACCCUGCGUCACCGUGAUGGGAUCCUGGUUAUCAUUCUCGUGGCCGUGGUCGUUGUCGUCUUUACGGUUGUCAAUCAACACCAUGCGAUAGUGGCAUGUAGCAACUCUUUCUCAGCGGAACCUGGCGGACCGAUGGACGUUGCACCUCCUCCAAGAUAUUCCAUGGAGUCUCGGUUGUCGGUGUCAGCGACGCCACGAACGAGCACCAAAGCUGCUGCUGCUGCAACUGCAAGGAAAAUUGUGUUUUCCGAAUCGCCGUCUUCAUCACAUACAAAGAAUGGUGCAUCACCGGCGUGCCUUCCGCUCCAGAAAUUCAAAACAGACGACUACCCCAACUCGCACAAAAAGACCAUGGACCUUUUUGGAAUCCACAAUCCGGGACAGAAAAACUACACAAGACUUGUCUUUCUACACAUGAGAAAAGCAGGCGGAACCACGUUGUACAGUUAUCUGAAAAAGGUUACCAAUUCGAGAAGAACAACACUGAAAGAGUUCAUUGCAUGCGAAGGGUUUAAGGACUGCCUGGAACUCAAUAACUACGAAGACGGCUUUCAUAAAUACAACGAUGACGAACGGAACGCCACCAUGCUGUGGAAGAAUAGAAACGAAAUACCGUAUCCCCGACCGUUUCCGUCUUUGAACUGGGACGAUUCGGGGUCGACCUUUUACGUGACACACCUCCGCGAGCCCAUUGCGAGAGCGAUCUCGCACUACAAAUACGACCAGCGGUGGUCGUGCGACAUAAGUGAAUCGAGGAACUCGCUGAGGUAUAUGAAUAUCUCGAGGCACGUCACCAGAGAACUUGCGAGGGCAAAUAAUUCAACGAAACACGACAAAUUUACCUUUUACGCGCCAUCCCGGGCCACCAAUAAAACUUAUUUCGUGCCGUCUUCGGAGAACCAAAAGAUGGAGAUCGAAGAAUGGGCGACGGAGCUCUUUCCCAUCUUUAAAGACAAGAAGGGGAGAGGCAACCACAUGGAUCUUGCGUACCGACCGAAACGGGACAAAUUGUGGCACUGCUCCACAAAUUGCUACGCUCGGUGGGCGACGGGGAUGUACCACCCCGACCAAAUAUAUGAAAGCUCGUUCCCAUCCAGAGCCGAAUAUAAUCGAACCUACCCAUUCAGUAAUUAUUAUUACAAGCAAAAAGGCAAUAAAAAUCGUCCGUGGUUGCUCCGAAAGAUGUCGGAAAUGAUUGGAAACGAUGGCGACCAAGAGGAAACCCAAUCGAGUAAUGAAGAGCAAGAACUGACGGACUUUGGAAAAACUCUAACAGAAGAGGCCCUGAAAAUCUUGUUGCGGUACGACCUCAUCAUCGUGUUGGAAUGGCUGAAGGAUCCGGAGUAUGUGCACCACAUUGAGGGCAUCUUUGCAGGCAUACACGGCCUACACGACAAAACACCUUCCUUUUGCGACCAGGAAUCCAAGUACGCCAACAACUUGGCUCCCCCGAGAAUUUCGAACGAAACCAGAGAAUUGAUUUGGAGCAGAAACGAAAUCGAUAGAAAUCUCUACGAGCGAUUGACUUCGUGUGCGGAACAAGGAUAACUUGUACGAUUGAUGCAAGUGAACUACGCAAAUGGCUGAUCAGAAAUGAUUAUCGAUUGCGAGCUUCAAUCAUCAAUCCAGAAUUAGAAAAAGAUCAAUUUACGCCGUAGAGCAAAAUUUUUGGAGCUCUCGACAGUGUGUAGACACGGAACGAUUUUUUUAAUUUGCCUGUAGCAUCUGGUAGUGCGAGUUCCAAUAUAGACAAGAUUAUUUCCUCCUCCUGCACAUUUGAUGCUCAACAUCACGGAAAGGACCAUACGUGAAUUGUUCGUCUUUUGGUUUUGUUUUUCUGUCGCUAUUUACCUAGGAAUUUCUUCAUAUCGCACGCUCCAACAAAGACUGAAUCAUAGUACUUGAAGAAUUCUUGUCGAGUCAGCCAGAAUAGACCAUCGGACUUGUUGAAUAUCGGUCUGAGUUCCUUCUUAAUUUCAGGAUAUUUUUUCCAACCAGGUCCCUUGUGGCGGAAUUUUGCUUUCUCAUUUCCUCCAUAACCCCAAGGGUUGCGAACCUGGAUCAUAUCAAUGCCAGUGCCGGCCACAUUGCUCCGACAAUCUACCACCGAAUACGCGUGAUUGUCUACAAUCCCGUCUGUGGAGUUCUUGUCUGAGCUUCCUUUGGAAGCUGCUCCGAUCAAAUAAUUCGCUUCGUCCCAUUGACAAAUUCUCUGGAACAGUGCCUUUUCACUCAAUGGUUUCUUGCCACCUUUCUUUUUGCCGAUACUUGGCCAUGGUAUCUGGAACAUACCUUGUGGUCCAUCGUGGGGUGAAUUUCCAUGUUCAAGCCAUUCUUUCUUGUCGGGAUCGUAGCGUGCAUUGCAAAUGAAUUUGCCGGUGGCCUCCUGUUUCUGAAUUAUAUAUUGCUCUUUGACUCCAGUGAGCAAUGCCCAGGCAUGAGUACAAUUUCCCCCAUCAAUCUUAUCCCACCCGCCACAGUGAGCUGCUAUGGCCUUUUCCAGGUAUGGAACCCAGAGCUGUGCGUCUACAGUGGUUUUGGCACCAAGAGGUCGCCUGGACCCAUCCAAGCGAGAGCACAAGCGUUCGUCGACCACAACAUCCACUUCUGUCCAUGUCGUCAAAUCAUACAACGUCACGGUAUACUUAUUGGCACUAUCUUUUGGCAGCUCACUAAGAUUUUUCGUCUUUCGAAACAACCUCUCGAUCGCCCCAUCGUAUUCUGCAAGGGAGGAAAUCCCUGAUAACAACCAGCAAUCUCCUAUUUUCCCUUGCUCAAUCGAAGAAGGGUCAAUAUCUGCGAUCAGUUUUAGGUGAGGUUCGUCACAAUAUCCCAUGCCUCUCCCAGGCAAAAGUGGUAAGUUCUUCUUGGAAUGUAUUUUAGUUCCUUUGUACUGUGACAGUACGGUGUCGGUAUACUUAUCACAAAACCUUUUGGGAAGGAUGUCUCCUUUGAAAGGCUUUAGGGGCUGGAAUUCGUGAGUGAGAAUGGUAACAUUAGCUUUCGGCGAGACACCACUUGGCUUCAGCCCUUCCAAUCCAGCUCUGUGGAGAUAAACAUACUGCUGUUCA